AUGGCGACGUCAUUCUCUCCCCUAGCCAAUGAUACGUCUAUAAGCGCAACAGCUGAUGUCGACGAAGAAAUUGCUGCAUUAGCUGGGUCCAUGGGUGUCUGUCACUCUCACACGAAUGCUCCCCCCUCCAAUUCCCGCCUUCCAAGCGAGAUUCUCGCGAUGGUCUUCGAACACCAUGAAUAUCAGGAGCGUUUCGAUGGAUCUGCGAACGAUGGUGUCCCUGCUUGUCUAGAAAUCACACACGUCUGCAGAUACUGGCGCGAAGUCGCUCUCGGUUGUCCUGCUCUUUGGACAUUCAUCUGUUCUCCCUCUGCUAGUUGGCUAGGCACCAUGCUUGAGAGGUCGAUGAAUGCUCCUUUGAUUGUGAUGUUAGAAUCUCCGGUCCCGCUAGAAAAAUACUUGGAGCCUAUCCUUUCACAUCUAUCGCGCAUCAAAAUCCUUCAAAUUCCCUCACUAGAAUCGGAUUUCGAACCCAUCAUCCGCUUGUUAUCUUCCCAACCUGCACCGUUACUUGAAAUGUUCGAAUUCACCAAGCCAUGGGUGAAAGGUGAUCCCAAAAUAAGGCUCAUAUCAAAUGCGAUUUUUCAGGGACACGCACCUCGACUUCGGAUUGUUCACAUUUCAGGUUUAGACCUGAGCUGGACAACCCAUAUUUUCAGCGGGCUUCGAACCUUAUAUGUCAAGGCCAUAGGAAAAACCUCCAAUAUUACCAUAUCGCAGCUCCUGUCAACUCUGAGACGCAUGCCUGCCUUGGAGCAUCUUACACUCGAGUGGCUUCGCAUAUUUCCCGAGGACGAGGAAACGGAGCUCCUCGACAAAGUACCCCUCAAUUGUUUGAAAAGUAUAACAAUACGUCACCCCUCGAUUCGAAUUGCCGCGUUUUUCUUCAGGAAACUAGCCAUUCCCGUCGACGCCAAGAUCGCUCUUCGAGUCUUUUGUUUUGAGGGCCUUCAUGACCUGUCCGACCUGUUUUCGGCCAUGAACAUGCCUCCUGGUGGAUUUGGUUCCGUCUUUCAGUCCAUGCGCGCCAUCUACAUUUCGUGCCGCGAUUUGUGCGUUCAAUUUAGUACGUCGAUGGCGAUGCAUCCUGCAGACUCCUGGAAUACUCGUGACGAUGACAUACGGCUAUCGAUUGAAUUCGCAUGCGAGGUGCCCAAUGCACUCAAGCCAAGCGUCAUAUUCGAUCUUUGUCGAUUUGUCACGCCGGACCCGAUUCAAAAACUCUCGUUGUCAGGGUUUAAAUCUGCAGAUAGAGAUUUCUGGCGCGAUGGAUAUGCCUGCCUCCCGGAUCUCGAAGUUAUUCAUGUGAAGAACAUUGCCGUUGGGGGCUUAAUCGGUGCACUUGAGAUCAUCGAAGGCGAACAGAUCUCAGAUAUACUAUUUCCCGCCCUUCGUGUUCUAGAGCUCGAGGCGUUCGACUUCGCGCCCGAGUCUGAAGACAUUGACGAACUUGACGAACUUGACGAAUAUGACGAGACGUUUCGGGAUCUCAUGGAAAUGCGAGCCAAACAUGGUGUCCCUAUAACCGCCCUCCAACUCGCAGAGUGCACAAGUUUAGGUCCUGAUGAGGUGCAAGGUCUUAGGGAAGUGGUUGCGACUGUUGAUUGGGAUGAAUAUGAAGAGCCGGAAGAUGACUCCAGUGACAUUUCUCAUGAUGAGAUUUAA